UUACGGCAGAAGUGGAUAAGUUCGACAUUCGGGGUAAUGUUCACAAACGAACGCUGGUCAUCACUGAUCAAGCGAUAUAUGUAUUUGCGAAUCAGAAAUGCAAACACAGAUUAGAUAUGAACGGCAUCUAUCGCAUUUUGCGAAGCCAUUCUGGAGAGCAGUUGCUCAUCCUGACCAAGGAGGAAGGGGCAUCGGCGUGCUACGCAAGUCAGCAUGCGGGCGAUAUCUGUCGGCUAAUCGUUGCCACGGUCGAAGAGGUGACAGGCUCAAGGCCGACACUAGGCAGUGGCAGCGAGGCGGAGUUUUUAAGUCAGCUAAAACGCCGUCGAGAUAUAGAAGCCCUUCAGAGGGGGGUGGACAAGAGUACCGAGAACAAGCCCGGUAGACCUGGAAACAGCAGCACCAUACUUCUCUCGGAGGGUAGGGGUAGUAAUAACGGGAUCCAAGGGGUAGGUGGAGAAUCUGAGGGAAGUACCAAUGCGGUUGGAGGAGGAGGAGGAGGAGGAGGGGGAGGAGGAGGAGGAGGAGAAGGACCUGAGGGAGGUAGGAAUGGAGGAGGAGGAGGAGGUUCAGAAGGGUCAACCCGGCAGCAGAGCAAGUCACCGGCGACGGGGUUGCAAUCGAGCAACCAAAAGAUGAUCAGUCAAAAACAGCCUCGCAAACGACUUGGUCUCGAGGACUUCGAGGUCCUUCGGCUGUUGGGUAAAGGGAGUUUUGGCAAAGUUUUCCAGGUCCGAAAGAGGGACACGGGGGUGACUUACGCAAUGAAGGUGGUUAAAAAGGAGGACCUUCAAGUUGAGAAGCACUUAGAACAUCAACUCACCGAAAGGGGGGUUCUGGAGGUGGUCCAGCACCCUUACCUUGUGAGUCUGCGCUACGCAUUCCAGACAGACCAAAAGCUAUUUUUAGUUCUGGAUUACCUUGGCGGCGGUGAGUUGUUCCAUCACAUGAGGGACAGUCCAGCCUUCUCUGAGGACCGAACAAGGUUCUAUGCUGCCGAGCUGGUACUCGCCAUCGGCCACCUCCACUCCCUUGGUAUCGUGUAUCGGGAUUUGAAACCGGAGAACAUACUACUGGACAGCGAGGGCCACAUCAAGGUGACGGAUUUCGGCAUGGCCAAACAGAAGGUCCAUGACAACAAGUCUGCGCUUACGUUCUGCGGGACUCCAGAGUACCUGGCACCAGAGGUCCUAGAAGGGAAAGGGCAUGGUCGGGCGGUUGAUUGGUGGAGUCUGGGUAUCCUGAUUUAUGAGAUGAUGGCAGGGCUUCCACCUUUUUAUGACAAGAACGUUACGGUCAUGUACGACAAAAUACUAUAUGGAAAGCUGCAGUUCCCUGGCUUUAUGACCGCAGCGGCUCGGGAUCUCCUCAGCAAGAUGCUGGACAGGGACCCCAACCUCCGCCUUGGCGCCGGCAAUCGCGAUGCAGAGGAGAUCAUGGUGCACCCCUUCUUUGACAAAGUCGACUGGGAGAAACUGCUAGCGAAGAAGAUCCCGCCGCCUUUCAAACCUAUAGUGAAAUCUGUGGAAGAUGUCGGUAACUUUGAUCCAGCUUUUACAAGUCAAGACCCGAAGGCCCUUUCAGUUGAUGAAUCUCCCGGAGAAGCCCUCUCGAGGUUGACCAUAGACAACGACCGAUUCUUAGGGUUCACUUUCAUCCCUAGUUACUCUAGGGAGGAAGGCUGAG